AUGGAUCAAAAUUUUACUCUUUUUGACCUGAACAAAAAGCCUUUACAUCUCAUAUUCAAAAAGCAUUUAGGCCACGAAAAAAAGUUGCCUGUGCCAGAAUAUCAAAAAUUUUGCAAAAUUGCAAGAAUUUGCCCAGUAUUUUUUAUAUAGGAUUUAAUAUCAAUAGCAGAACUUCGAGCUGUGAUAUCAAGGAUUUCCAAUACAAUCUCUAUAUCAAAGGUUUCCUUCAGUUUUGAUGACUUUGAAAAAUCAUUGAAAGAAAUUGCAAUAAUUUCUUCUAAAGGACCAAUUUCUGAGAGAGUGAAGUCAUUUUUUUCGCAAAUUGUCCCUCGUUGUCAAGCGAAGUACGGCAUUGAUUUCAAUAUGACAGAAAAAAAAGAAGCACAAAUAUACCCAUAUUUUUAUGAAUUUAUUGAUAAAAUUAAUUACAUAAAUUUUGUCAAAUACAAUAAAACUAAGCUUAAUAUUCAGCAAAAUCCAAAAAGCGAAUAAUACUUCAAGAUCAAGUCUCAACGAUUCUGGAUCCGGGCUAGACCUAAACAUCAAAGAAGCCUUAGAAACUCUGAAAAUAAACGACUCUAUGAGAACGACUAGCUUAUCACCGCUAUCUGAUUCUGAUAAACCUGGCAGGGCUCGAAAAUUUUCUUUCUCAAGUAGAAGUGAAUCAGGAAGUCCUAUGGGGAAGCUUUUUAUGUCCCCAAGAAAUUCCUUAAAACCUAUAAAAACCUUCAAAUUACCAAUAAAAACAGCAGAAACCCCAAGAAACGGCAAAACCUCUCCUGAAAAAAAUAAAAACCCAGCUGAGCCUGGGGAAUUAGAUGAAUUUAUACAGACUGAGCAAUCAAUUUUGAAUGAGGUUGCAACGGUGACUGUUUCAUUAGCAAAACCAAAGCAAAAAAUUAAAUUAGAUAUUGACUUAAGUAAAACAGAAGACCCAAGCCAAGAAAUUUUAAGUCAAAGGAUUUCAAGUCUUGGAGUCGAGAAAUUUUCUUAUAAUGAAAAUGAAAAAAAAGCGAUUUUGGACGAAAUUAAAAAAAUUUCCCCUAUAAGAGAUUCUGUGCUACCUCCAGCUCCUGAGCCUGUGCAUACAGCCCAAAACCCUCAAGUUACAAUAGAGAAAGGGUCGUCUUUGGAGACUAUGAAAUUAUUAUUGGAAAAUUUUAAAAAUAAAAAGAUCAAGAAAACUAAUAAGCAGAAGCCUAUAAGGACUGUUUAUAAAGAUUUUGACAAAUUCCUAACAAAUGAAAGAAAAUUCACAUUUUCGAAAGAUUUUGUAUUAGGAAUUAUAAUUCGUGCAUGGAGAUCUGAGGCUGCGAAAAUUAAGGCUUCAAAAGCACAGCCAAGCCAAUUGCGAAAAAGUUUAAACAAAUUAAAGUUAAAAAAAUAA